CCGGAUGUCGCUAUCGGCACCAGAACUUAGAACUCAGAACUUGUAGAACUUUUAAAGACUGACAAUGUUUUCUGUGAAGCCGGGGCUAGCUAUAGUCUGUCUGUUUGUUAUUGGUGUGGAGUCCUAUUGGUACCAGUAUCUGGGUAGUGGACCUUUCUUUAACAAAAAUUGGAAACCACAUCGAAGAAGUCUAACUUGUGCUGAAACAGAGGAACACUGUGGACAUACAACCCAGUGCUGUGACCCCAAAAAUGUGUGCCUGAAGGACCGAGAAAAAUCAGUAUUAAUAGGUCGGGAGAUAGGAACGUGCAAAAACAUUGAAAAGCUAAAGCCCAAUCCAGAAUUCCUCAAACCACUAGGGGCGAGGUGUUCCGAUAGUACGGAGUGCGGAGCCGGACUGUGCUGUAGGGGGAUUUUCCGUUUCCGGUAUGGCAAAAUUUAUCGGUGUGAGAAGAGUGAUAGCCCUUUUAUGUGUAUUUCCAAAGAUGCUUUCGAGUAUUAAAUAAACGUUAUGUCAAGAUUUUGAUUCAUAACUAUUGUACAAAUGUAACACAUAUCUGUUCAUUGAUGAUAUUCCAUGAAGUGACAAGACAAUUCUUUUAGUUUCUGAACAAACAUAUUUCCACAUUAAGUUAUGCAAGUCAUUUGUAAAAUGAAUAAAAGCUUUGCUACACUUGUU